AUCUGCAGGCAACUGGAAGUGAUGAGUCAUCUUGUUGGCUUGGGAUGGCUAGCUGUCUACAUGUAUGGACUGAAUGCAGAAUUAAUCUCUCAUUUACAUCCUCCAAAACUAGGUAUUUCUACUGCUAGCUGUGUCUUUCCUUUCAUGUAUGCUGAUGUAAUCCACUACAGUUGCAUCUCCAUCAACAGUGACUAUGAUUGGUGUUCUCUUGACUAUCAAUUCCAAGGAAGAUGGCGUUACUGCACAGCAGAGGAUCCCCCAAAGUGUGUCUUCCCUUUCCAAUUCAGACAAAAGAUCAUUAAGAAUUGCACCAAGGAGGGCUAUAUUUUGAAUCGAAGUUGGUGUUCCUUGACUGACAAUUACAACAGAGACGGAAAAUGGAAGCAAUGUUCUCCACACAAUUUUUAGGUAUGCUUGAGUGUUUUUGAAGACAGAAGUUAUAGAUCCACCAGAUAUUCCUCCAAAUAUAAUUCAUUCUUAUCUUUAAGGAACAUUCUGUUAAUAAAUGUCUGUUCUCU